AUGAUCCUGAGCAUCAAUCCUAAAGGCAGUAUCUACUUGUACUGGUCAUGCGUUGUAUCCGUCGCGUGCUUCUAUAAUCUAAUUUUCAUCACUCUAAUUGUUUUCGAAGAUAUCCGUGACGGAUUCUACACUCAGUGGAUCAUCGGCAACAUAAUAUGCGAUGUGAUUUACUUGUUAGAUAUGUGGAUUCAGUCACGAAUGCUUUUCUAUGAGCAUGGCUGUAAAGUGUCAGAUAUCUCCGAAACACGAAAAAACUACUUUGCCAACAUCAACUUCUCAUUAGAUAUAGUCUCGAUACUUCCUACCGAUCUCUUCCUACUUCUUCAGUUUGAUGCCUCAGUGUUCAGGUAA